UGUUUCGAUAUUUUGCAUAUUAUUAACCAAUGUAAAUUCCAAACUAUGUCAAAUAAAGAUGAUUAUUUUAAUUUAAAAUUUAAUCUGAUACUUGAAUCAAAAAUUUGUAGGAUACUCGAAUAUGUAAGAUUUAUAAAAAUUAUAUCUGGGGGAUUAGUUGGUAUUGGUGAUGAUAACUAUAUACGAGUUUGGGGUGAAUAUGAUAAACAAUCAGAGCAAUUCAAACUUCUUCUUUGCCAAUCAGUAUUAUCUCAAAUAUCUUCAUUUGAAUUUUAUGAUUCAGCAUAUAAAUGUUUUAUUGGUCUAUCUAUGGGACUUGUUGCAGAAUACAAAUUAUCCCAAAAUAUGACAAAUCUAACCCACAUUAGAAAUUAUAAUGGACAUAAAUCAGCAAUAUUAUGCAUAUUUUAUUCAGCAAUGAAUAAUAUACUAUUAACAGGAGGGCAAGAUAAAAUUUUAUUUUGGCAUAAUACUACUACUGGAUUAACACUUGGAAGCAUAAUAAACCACAAAAUUAUAACUGCUUUAGAUUUUGACUCUGCAGCUAAAUUGAUAUUUAUAGGUGACUCAGGUGGAGAUAUCCAUUUGAUUAAAAUUGAAGAUUUACAUGGUUACAAACCUUUGACUGUUUUAAAAGAGCAUACAAGUGAGGUAACACAAAUCACUUGGGAUCCUAUUCGUAUGAAACUAUAUUCGGGUAGUAACGAAGGAAUUAUUCUUAUAUGGGACAUAGGGGGAAACAACGGGAAAAUAAUACAACUCGAGGGACACACGCAGAAAAUUAGCAAAAUUAUUGUUUCUUCUAAAGGCAAUUAUUGUUUGUCUUCUAGUAUGGAUGGAAACAUCAUAGCCUGGAAUAUGACGGUUCCUCGUAAAGAGCCGGUAUCUUGGCGUGAAAACGAUUUUUGCGAAAAUUGUAAAAUACCCUUUUUUUGGAAUUUCAAAUCCAUGAUCGAGGGGAAAAUUAUCGGAGUUAGACAGCAUCAUUGCAGGCAAUGUGGUAGGGCUUUAUGCAACGAUUGCUGCAAUGAAUUGACUAUAUUACCACAUCUAGGCUAUGAAAUACCUGUUAGGGUUUGUAGCUCAUGUUUCACGCAUUCCAAUCUUCCUCAAACAUCAAUAUCCGAUAUAAAUAUAGGAAAAAAUGAAAUUGUCAAUGGAUCCAUCAGUGGUAUUUCAUCUUUGAGCCAAAAUAUAGUCUCUAAAGAUAUUAAAUGGUCUCAUUCUUUUAACACGCAUCACCCUCUCCUCGCCAUGGAUAUGAAUGAAGGUUUGAAGAUCUUGGUGACUUCUGGUGGAGAUAAAAUAAUUAAAGUACCGAUGAUAUGACGUGGCGAUGACAUGACGUAGUGAUGACAUAGUGAGGACAUCGGGAAAUUAUAAUAUGGAUGGAUAUUGUUCUAUUUUAAAAAAAUUUUAGAAGUAGAAAGACUUUUGUAUAAA